ACCUCCUUUCUUUUAUGACACAGAUGAGAUCUGAAAGAUAGAAAGAAAGUUAGGGUUUUUCCAAUACCAGUACAAGAACAAGAAGAAAGAAAGAAAGAAGAUGGCGAACAGAUGGUGGGGCGGCAGUGGAGGGAUGGGCGGUGUAGACCCAGUGGUAUCCUCGUCACUACAACCACCAUCCCUCGAUCUCCUCAACCAACAACAACUCCAACAUCUCACACAUCUCGGCCCUUUGAGACGUGACCAAGAUCCAAACCAAACCACCACUCAAAGCAGCGGCAGCCACAACAACAACAACAACCCUAAUGAUGAAGAUGACAGCGGUGGCAACGGCAACGUUGACGACCAGAACACUGCUGGAGGAUCUGCCUCUCUUGACCUCACCGAGACUGGUGGGUCAAAUCCCAACUCCGCCGGUCGCCGUCCUCGUGGCCGUCCAGCUGGAUCCAAGAACAAACCAAAACCUCCCAUCAUCAUCACUAGGGACAGUCCUAAUGCUCUCCGUUCUCACGUCCUUGAGAUCUCUAGUGGAACUGAUAUUAUGGAUGCCAUGCUGACCUUUGCUCGCAGGAGACAACGUGGUGUUUGUAUUCUUAGUGGCAGUGGUGUUGUCACUAAUGUUAGUCUUCGCCAACCCGGUGCUCCUGGAGCUGUGGUUACACUGCAGGGUAGGUUUGAGAUCUUAUCAUUGGCUGGUGCUUUCCUUCCAGCUCCGUCACCGCCUGGUGCUACUGGUUUGACAGUAUACCUCGCCGGAGGACAAGGUCAGGUGGUGGGUGGUAGUGUUAUGGGUGAGCUUGUUGCAUCUGGUCCAGUGUUGGUGAUUGUUGCUACUUUCUCUAAUGCUACUUAUGAGAGGUUGCCAUUAGAGGAUGAUGCUCCAGGUGGUGAGCAGCAAGUAUCAGCUGAUGGGAUUGCAUUGGAGCAAGGCUUGGGUGGUUCCGGUGACGGUGGCGGUGGUGGUGGUGGUGGUGGUGGUGAUUUGGGAACUGAUCCUUCUUCAUUGCCAAUGUACAACCUAUUGCCAAAUCUGAUGCCAAAUGGUCAACUUCCACCAGAGAUGUUUGCUGCUUGGCCACCUCGUCCUCAAUCCUACCAAUAAGUUUCUUUUUUUUUUUUUCUUUUUCUUUUUUAAUCAUGUAUCUUUAUUUAUUGUUUGAAUAAUUUUCUCAGGCUGAAAACUAAAUUAUUUUAUGUUCUUCUC